CAGAAAGUUUGCAACAGCUAAAAACCCAAUGCUGGGUUCUUAUAGAAACACUUCCCAGCCAUCAAAAAAGCAGAAAGAAGAGAAGAAAGAAUGGUUGGGAGUAAGUUUCAAGCCAGAAAACUUCAUUCCAGGGUUGAUAAUUGGCUUUAUUUUUGGGUUGUUCUUGGAUUUGUCCAAGCCCAAUAAAGCUUCUACUAGUGCUACUAAAAGGAGAAAUUUGUUACCCAGCAAAAAUCAAAGAUUGACAUCAUUAGCUGAUGCUGCUGAUGAAGAGCUAAAAAUGGUUUUGGUAGUUAGACAAGACCUGAAGAUGGGGCAAGGAAAAAUUGCAUCUCAAUGUGCUCAUGCUGCAACUGGCAUUUACUCAGAACUCGUUCAAAGCCACCGGUCUCUGUUGAGACAAUGGGAACUCUGUGGUCAAGCCAAAAUAGUUGUUACCUGCAAGAAUCUGCAAGAAAUGAAUAAGCUGAAGGAAGCAGCUGAGUCCAUUGGUCUUCCAACUUUUGUUGUGGCUGAUGCAGGACGGACCCAGGUCUCUUCUGGGUCGAAGACUGUACUUGCCAUUGGGCCUGGAAGUAGAUCAACUGUAGAUUCAGUUACUGGGAAACUACGCCUCCUAUGAUGAUGAUAACUUUUCGAGUGACAGCUUACUAAAGCAGCUGGAGUUCUUGACCGAUAGAGUUCUUCAUUGCAGAUCUUGGGAAAGGACGGCCUUUGCACAAGUGUCCUUGCUUUCGAGUUUUUGGAUGUGUGCAUUGUUUACAAGAUAGAACUCCAACAUAGCAUUCUUCUUAACAUUGUAUCUAUGUUUUAUUAAGCAAAAUUAGAUACAGAUUCUUAUUCUUGAUAUGCUGUUUUAUUUGCCUUUGUUAUUGAUACCAAUAUGCCAAAUCCGCACAAGGCUCUUUUGCUCUGUUUCCUUCUUCCUGCUAAUCGUUCUGUAAUUGGAGAGUACAUAUCCCUUUUUGAUAA